AUGGAUUUCUUUGCUCUCCCCGUCGAAAUCAGGCUUCAGGUCUAUGCGGAACUGCUCAUUCACCGCGGGACCAUAACUCUCCGUCAUGAGUACCGUGAUGGCAAGCCGGCCCAGAUUUGCACAGAAGAAGGGGUCCACCUCGACCCGACCCUACUCCGCGUCAACAAGCGUAUACACAGAGAAGCCAUCUCGAUUCUCUAUUCUGGCAACCACUAUCGGUUUGUGAACUGUCUCGUCACGUUUGUUAUCCAGAGUGUGAAUCAAGCUCAUCUGCUUCGUCACGUCGUCGUUGACUUCCCCAAUUAUACGCGAAUAAGCCACAGACAGCCGGACCACUCGUGGCGUCAUGAAGAGAUCCUGAACCUCGAUGAGAUAUACUUUCUACGUGUUUGCGCCGGCAUCACCACACUCGGGCUAUGGCUGGACUUUGGGCUCAGCAAUUUGUUCUCCCCUGAUACGCGCCGCUUCACACAGGGUCUGGAUCUCAUCCACACACAGCUUAAGCUGUUGUCGUCCCUGAACAAAGUCACAGUCCACCUACACCUGAUCGGCUGCGACUCAGAUGACGAAACCGAGGACGAGGCAGAGUAUUCAGGGGACGACGACCUGAGAGUCGAAUCGAACGACCCUACCAAAGAUCUCUGGCAGACGCACAGGGACUCCAUUGUAGGACAACUGAGCAGCUGUGGAUGGGUGGUUGACAUCACAAAGAGCCAGCCGCCCAAGCACACCUGGUCCACCCCGGACGACAUGCUCGAGUUUGACAAUGAAGCCGUGUACAUGAUUGAAUGGAACCAGCGCGAACAGGAGCGGGAGGACGCGACGUUGAGAAAAUAUUACCGCGAACUCCAGUUGGAGUCGUAUCGGAAAGGCUAUGCAGACGACGGAGGGCCUGCAUAA